GUAUGCAACUGUGUCAUCUCACUCGUGUACCAACUGUUGGCUGUGAUAGUUCGACCUAAAAAGAGUAAAAAUAAAAAAUUUUGCUCAAAAAAUAAAAAUAAAUAACAAUAUUUAUCAAAUAAAUUAAAAAUCUUACUAAUUGUAAAUAAUAAGUGACAAGAAAGGUCAAUGUGUUAAAUAAAAGUAUUGAUUAACUUUUGACUUGGUUCUGAAACCCAACCUUCAAAAAUCUGAUGUCAUUCCAAGGAGAUAAUUAUUGACAAAAAAUAAAAGAAGAACAAUUGUAAAUAAUUUUAUUAUAUAAAAAAUAUUGUAAAUUUAACAUUCCAAUAGUAAGUUAUAUAAUUACAAGCAUAAGGCUGUGAAAGAUAAAACUAGAUGAUAUCUAACGUCAACAAAUAAUUGUACUAAAAUCUCUACUCAGGGAUUCGUAACAGUGGAAUCUGUCUUAAUUAAAUUCAGAUAAAUCAUGAGUAAUUUAUCACAAAAAUUAAGCAAUAGAAAACUGAUAGUCGAUGGAUUAGCAGUGUUAUUUGGUAUUGGAGCAUGGAUUGGAAUCAAUGGUAUUUAUGUUCAAUUACCUCUUUUCGUCCUGUCAGCACCUGAGCAAUGGGAACUGCCAACCUACAUGGUCAUGUUGGUUCAAUUAGCUAAUUUGGGACCAAUACUUUAUACUUUAUAUGCCAAAUAUUCAUCAUGGUCUCGUGAUCAUUACAUAAUAUAUGGUCUAAUCGGCACAGGAACUAUAGCAAUAUACACCAUGUCGCUGACGUACAAAAACACAUCGACGAUCCUUGGUAACGAUCACUCGACAGCCCUACUAGGUCUAAUGUUCCUUACAGCAGUAGUAGGAUGCACCAGCUCGGUAUUAUUUAUACCAUACAUGAGAAACUACCGUGAGAUAUACCUAGUGUCUUAUCUGGUAGGUGAAGGCCUGAGUGGAUUCUUACCCAGCGUAUUAGCGCUGAUUCAAGGAGUAGGUGGUAAUUCAGAGUGUAAAUAUGUAAUAAAGCCAGGAAAUGUAAACGCAACGUUGGAAGAAGUCCAUCCGGAACCAAGAUUUUCGACAGAAGUAUUUUUCGUGAUACUUGGUACGAUAUUAUUAUUAAGUUUCUUGUCAUUCGUAGGAUUGAACAAGCUUCCUAUCGCCCUUGGCGAGCGUUCUAAGCCGCCAGGAUGUACGGAGACACUGCCAACAGAGACAAACGCCCCACCGAGCUACAAGACAACUGCGGGAUGGUGUAUGUCUAAACAAAUGUACAUAUAUUUAUUAUCAAUUAUGGGAGUCGUUUGCUUCUUAGACCACAGUAUCUUACCGAGCAUACAAUCAUACGCGUGUUUGCCUUAUGGUAACGUCGCUUAUCACUUAACGGUGACUCUAUCGUCGAUGGCCAGCCCACUUUCAAUGUGUCUAGGAUUUAUUUGGACACCACCAAAAUCUGAUGACUUUAGACAUCAUCAAAAUCUGAGACUUUUUACGAUACUUACUGGUAUUAUUUUGAUACUCUCUAGUUUCGUGAUGUACUUAGCUGUCGAAUCACCAACCCCGCCACUUCAAGGCUCGUGGGCUGGUGAAAUGCUGGUUGUUGUUUUGUGGAUUGUACUUAAAGGACUUCUAGGUUUUGUAAAAAUGGGAAUCACAACGCUGUUCAGUGGGGAUCCAGGUCGUGGUCUCUAUUACACAGGCGUCGCUACACAAGUUGGAUCUCUGAUAGGCGCAGCAAUUAUAUUUACGCUUAUUAAAUACGGUGGAAUAUUCCAAACUUAUUCACCUUGUGCAGCUUUGGCUGCUCACUGAACUACAAUCGUAUUUUACUAUUUAUAUAAAAACAAUUUUGAGCAAUUUUUUUAUUGAAUCAAUUGUAUUGUUUUUAUUAGUUUAAUUAUUGAUUACAAUUAAUUUUUUAAAUUGUGCAAUAGACAAAUAAAAUAUUUAAAUGGAUGUGUUACGAAAGAAUUGAUAUCUAUUUAGACUUUUUUAAUAGGGAUCAAUUUAAUUUAAAUCAACGAUUGCUUCUUCCAAUUUAAUAUAAUAUUGUUUUUAUAUUUUUAUU